AUGGAUAGUGACGGCGUACGACACAUUAUAGCUGCGUUGGGAGUAGUUUAUGAACCUAAAUCCACAAAUGCACAGCGAAGAGAAGCGCAGAUCUUCUUGGAGUCGGUCAAAUCCAACCACGAGUCGCCCUAUUGGGGCUUCCAGCUAGCGCUUCCGGAAAACAAUGCGUCUAACCAUAUAGUGAGGCAUUUCGGGUUGUCCUUGUUGCAGGCCUCGAUACGUUAUAGAUUUCAAACUUUUGAUUCCACAAAAAUUGCCGCCAUCAGAAACUGGAUCGUCGAGUUGGCCAAUAAAGUCGAGCCCACCGAUCCCCACUACAUAAAGGAGAAGAUUGCGUUUUUGUGGGUCGCGUUGGCCAAGAGGAUAUGGGGCUCCUACUUGGCGAAGCAACAAUCCGAUGACUUGCACUCGGAAAAUAGCCACAACCACGACUCGGCCGAAAACGACGAGUGCAAGGAAACUGUAACUACAAAGGAGAGGGAAGACGGAUGGGUCUCAAUGGAUUCUAACUUAUGGACGCUAUGGAACAGCAACAUCACCUGUCGAGAGUUGUCGCUAACAAUCAUCCGCACCUUAUUCGAGGAUGUUUACUUAUUGGAUGACCCCAUCGCGUCCAAAAACAGUGCAAUCCUUAAUCAGCUCUCGGUGUUGAUUGUGACACCAAACAGGAUCCUAGACGACAUUUAUGAAGAUAACCCUAAAGUCAGCGUGUGCAAAUUUUCGUCCGACGGUUGGUUUAUCUCGUGGUCGAGUUUUUUAUCAGAGAUAUUGUCGAGUAACCAAGAAGACUCAAACAAGUUUGUUUCCAAAAUCUUGUCCAUGUUCAAAACCUGCUUGCACUGGAUCCAUCCAACGGUAUUGCGCGAGGAAAACAUUAUGCAAACCUUGAUCAAGAUGUUGUCGGUGUCGGACAUCAAGAUCAAAAUCUUGACCGUGGACUGUUUGCAUAUUCUCUUCACCAGGGCCUACGCCAAGGACGAAGAUUUUGAGUUUUUCAUUGGCUCGGUGUUUACCACAGAGGGGAUCAACAAGUUGUCUGAGUUUUACCAGUCGCUCACUUUGGACCCAGAUGAUAUAGACGAACAAGUUUACUCGCUUUUAAAGAAAACCGUUGAAAUGAUUGUCUCGCUUAGCGAGUACUUGAAUAUAACAUCCAAAAACAAGAUCAAUUGGGACACCAAUGACGUUAGUGGCUAUCUCAGAUUGGUCUUGAGCACUACGAAUCAUCCAAGUUUAAUCAUUAGUGGAUUAUCCUUGCAGAUGUGGGUCACCAUCUUAAGAUUCGACGAGUUGAGCGCCAAACAGCAGGUUAUCGAUGUAAUGAUGCCCCUAUUGGACAUCUCGGCUGAUAGAGUUAUAAACUUUCUCUGGGAUGAAGAGCACGUGUCGAAAAAGUUUUUCGACCUCGAUUUCGACUCGACCCCAGAUGCAAACAGCUUUUUGCUGAAUUUCCGCAAGUUCCAUGAAGAUAUCAUUCGAAUAACAGUUUGCAAGAAACCGGAGGAAGGGCUCAUGUGGCUUGAAAACAGGUUGCAAGUGUUUUUCAGCUCGGAUUUGGGCAGCAAGUGUAUAAAUGACUAUCAUCUCGGCGAGAAAUCCAAAGCGUUCAAUUAUGGCUCGUCCCAAUUCAACACUAUUGAAAACAGCAUCCGAGGGAUAUCGCGUUGGAGAAUCUGGUACAAUGGCGACGAUUACGACGCCAUAAACGACAGGCUCAACAAGCUCGUGAUCCAGCUUUGUGAGCGAUUAUUGGCCAUGAAUUUGGCCUCCCCUUUGAUUAUACGAAAGCAAGUGCAGACUUUGGUCCAAUUUGCACCUUUACUCAAGGAUGACGACAGUGCACUAAUGUUUCAAGUUUUGGAAAAGAUAUUGACCACGGCCACUUUUUCGUGGCCGGAAAACAUUUCCGAUGAGGAAAGAACGUUGAUCAGCGACUUGAAAAAUAGCUGUGGCACGGAACUAAACCGACUAGCCUAUAUCAUGCCCGAAACUUUGAAGAAAAUCUUUGAUGACCUAGAGAAUGUAGUCGCCAACAUCUUGUCUUCGAAAGAAAUCAGUCCUCAUCAAAAUGUCGCGUUCAAGUCGUUUUUGUUGGUUAUAUCGUCGAGGUCUUCUAUUGAUGACAAGAACGACCUCUUUGCCAAAGUUGUUGACCCGGAUCUUUCAGCAUGGUCUGCUCCAGAAACUGAAAAGGGCUUGAUGGACUUGCACUGGUUUAUGGAACGGAUUGGGAUUGCCGAAAUUGCGUCCUAUUUCCAGAGCCGCGGUAUCACAGCAAAUACCAACUUGCUAGAGGCGGCAAUGGACGAAGAAGGGAAAAUAUUAAAGGAGAAAUUGAGGGAUCAUUGGAGCUUGAUUUUCCCAAUCAGAGCUACCCGGAUAUAUAUUCAGUACAGUAUUGAGAAGUUGAGCCACGAGCUGCCGGAAUAUAUCAAUUUGCUCAAGCUAUGGAAACCCCGGGUGCAACCAAUAAUACCGCACAUCUUGCAGUUGUUGACCCAGAUUCAAGCAUACCAUGAUCCAGCAAACUGGGUCGAUCUACCUGUUGAGGUGCAAAGUUUCGUCAAGGACAGCUGCACCGAGAGGUUUUGGCAGCAGGGUGUUUCCAUUGAAUCCAAGGAAUCGUUUAUGGAAGAGAAUGUUAAAGCAGCGCGCACUUUGCGAGACUUUGCAGACUCAGUGGGGCAAAUGAUACGUUACACGCGAGAGUACGCUUUUUUGACGGUGGGGUCCUUGGCACAAUUGGAGGACACGCUCUAUGAAAUCCCAAACAUUGCCUCCAUGAUUUGGAAAGCUGUGGCUGGUGACACGGUUGGAGUCACGCUUCACUCGUGGAAGCAUAUGAUCAAUAGUUGUCUCCGGGUGGUGAUUAAAUUUUGUCCCGUGAAAUAUGUCGAGGUGUUUAUGAGUGAGCUUCUACCGAAGGCCCUUGUCGAUAUUGACAAUGUGAUUGUCUCAAGAUGGGAAGAAGUGUACAAGUGCGGUCUUCAACUCCACGGCAAUGAAGAUGACGCAACAUUGUCCGAGGAAAUGAUGGAGGAGCACAUGCUUCGACAGUUGACAGCAACCGUGGUCAGAAUGUUGAUGGACAUUGUCGGCCAGUACAACUCCAAGUUGCUCACCGAUACCCAGUUUGCCAGCCGGAAGUUGGUUAUUGAACACAAGGAAGUUCUCGCGCCAUUCUUGCAGAUAUGCUGCCACAUUAUCGCACUCAAGGACACCAAGUGCUCGUUCAAUACCAUUUUGGUGGUACGAAACAUCCUCAACGAAGUGACAUCCAAAGACGACGAAGUUGACAAGUUCCUAUGUGAUAAUUUGAUUCCAGCACUACUAAAAGUGUUGUUGGAUGAUUAUUUCGUGGAAACGCACGGAGAAGCAGCGCUUGCAUUGACCACUUUGUACUGCCAGUUGCGUUCCAAGAACGACUAUGCAGCGAGAGUCUUGAUGCAGAAUCUUCCCAACAUCAAGGCGCAGCACAUCUCCAAUUUCGAGUCGAUGCUAGUCUCGUCCAAAUCCUUGAGACACCAGAGGGCCGCUUUGCUUGAACUUGUCAAGAUUUCCAAGGACAGCGAAGGGUACGAAGACGAUGAGAUGAACAAGAGGAAGAAAGAGUUGGACCACAUAUCCAAGCGAAAGAAGAUUGGAAGCGAGAGCGAUGUCAUGAAUGACCCAUUGACAGAGAAUAGUGCACUAGGAACCUUGUUCGGGAAUGAAUGA